AUCCACGUCCUUCCUCUUAUCUUAUUCCGUUCUUCUUUGCCGGUGUCUGCCCAUCUUCUCUGGUUUUCAUUUCCUUUUCUCCUGUGAAUAUUUUUUUCAUCUCCUUUGUCUGUUUCAAGAGAGAAAUCUCUUAACCUGCGGACCCAGAGGGAGAACGGUGAAAACGAAGAGACGGGCAAAUCGCCGGUUGAUGACAAUCCGACUGGUGGAAACAAAGUAGAGAUCGAGGUUUCGGUUAGCCGAAGGUCAGCGGAAACUUUGUUCUCUGACGAAGGAGUCGGAGUUGAUCCGCCGGAGAAGAUGGAGGUUUUGGUGGGUCCGACGUUUGGGAUCGGAGCGGCGUACGUUAGAGGAAGGAGCGGCGUCGCGGCGCAGGAUAAGGCGGCUCUGUUCAUGGCGGAGGAAUCCGUUCGGGAUGGGGCCCGGAUCGGGUUGAGACGGCGUGUCGAGGAGUCGCCGGAGAAAUCGUCGGAGAGUUCAUCAUCGAUCGGAACUCCGGGAGAGUGCAGCGAGAACGAGGAGGAAGACGACGCCGUUUCAUCGCAAGGAGGAUUGGGUUCCUUCACCGCUCUGGAGGAUUCUCUGCCAAUAAAGCGAGGAUUGUCGAAUCAUUACAUGGGGAAAUCGAAAUCGUUCGGGAAUCUAAUGGAAGCGAGCAACGCGAAGGAUCUGGAGAAAGUGGAGAAUCCGUUCAACAAGAAGAGAAGAUUGCUGAUUGCAAACAAGCUUAGUCGGAGGAGCAGAAGAUCGUCGCAGUUCUACGCUUGGAAGAACCCUAAUUCCAUGCCUUUACUUACCCUCCAAGAAUCCGACGGCGAUGAUCAUGAAGAAGACGAUGACAGUGACGGCGACGAUGAUCGACCCAAGUUGCAGGAGGAGGAGGAGAAGAAGAAGAAGAGGAGUGAUAUGAUGUCUCAGACUCAGAGCUGUUUUUGUCUGAGCAGUUUGCAAGAAGAGGAAGACGAUGACCAUCAAUGACCAUUUUCUCUGUGUUCUUUCGAGUUUGGUGGGAAUAAGAGAGAAGAGAUUAGGGCAGGGGAGGUUAGAGAGAUAAAGUUUGCAAAAAGGUUAUUGGUGAUGUUGUUUAUUUAAUUGACUGCUUAUGCUUUCUAUUAAUCCUAAUCAGUAAUAACGCACAGUUAAUCAACUUUGUCUCAUCCUUUGGUAUAUAUCUAAUUAUAUGAAAUGUAUACUCUAUAUGUAUAGAUACACAAUCUAGGGAUGGAUGUAAAACGGGUCAGUUUGGUCCGAGUUCGUAUA